AUGGACAUCUUAAAGGGCAAGAGCUAUGUGGUUACCGGCGGUGCUCGAGGCAUUGGUUUGGCAUGCUGUCAGGCCAUCAUCGCAGCAGGUGGUCAAGUAGCUGUUCUUGACAUCCUCUCCGAGCCCGAUAGCUCCGCUGCAGCACUGCAAGAGGCGUCCAAAUACCACUACUUCUCCUGCGAUAUAGCGCAACAGCAAAGCCUCGAGCCAGCAUUUCACAAUGCUGUAAUUGCACUUGGGGGACAACUCGACGGCUGUGUGUUGGCUGCUGGUAUCGGCCUGGACAAACCGUUUGUCGACAUUUCGUGGGCGGAGUUUGACAGACUUAUGAGAGUCAAUCAAUCUGGAAUCUUCUUCGUUGCACAAUUGGCUACGCGCGCGAUGCUCCUACAAGAUGUCGACAAGCACGGGAUCCGUGGUAGCAUUGUGUCGAUUGCUUCACGGUCCGCUUCUGGUACUUGUCCUGGUCACUUGCUCAGCGCCUAUGGAGGUAGUAAAGGAUUCGUAAAGUCCUUUACUCUCCAACUCGGUCAUGAGUUGGCGGGCAAAGGCAUUCGAGUCAACUGCAUCAGCCCGGGAUACAUCGAGACCGAGCUCAACCUGAGCCUCGCCAGAAUUCGACCGGAGGUUCAGUACUUCUUCACCGAAGCACCUCCACUGAAGCGAAUUGGCCAGACGUCAGACGUAGCAGGUGGUCUGAUUUAUCUUCUAUCAGACGCCGCUUCGUACGUGACCGCGAUUGAUCUGCCGAUUGAUGGAGGGAUGACGGCAGGCACUGGUCUCACAAAAUGA